AUGGCCAAUCGACGACAACGACGUGUCAUAAUCAUCGCCGUCUUCCUUUUGGGCAUCCUUGUCUUUCACAAUUUCCGCUCCAGCGUCUCACCGCCGCCUCGUCAACAUGCAGACAUCCGGCUCGUCAAGAGCAGCUUCGAUUGGGCCAACCACCAGCACAAGUAUCCGGUAGCUCCGUCCUCCAUGCACCGCCUGCCGACCGAGCGUCCGAAAGCCCUCCCACAAGUCCAAUUCGACUUCAGCACCAAGCGCAUUCACAAGAACGAUGCAACAUCCGAAUCGCGACGGCAGGCGGUCCGAGACGUCUUCGUCAAGAGCUGGAACAGCUACAAGGAGUACGCGUGGGGGUUUGACGAGCUGGCGCCCAUCACUGCCAAGGGCAAAAAUACAUUUGGCGGCUAUGCGGCCACUCUUGUCGACGCCCUCGACACGCUUUGGAUGAUGGAUUUGCGCGACGACUUUGAGGCCGCCUUGCCCGUCAUCGGGUCUAUGGACUGGGACAACACCAAAGAAACGGCAGUCAAUGUCUUCGAGACGACUAUCCGACAUCUCGGUGGCCUUCUGAGCGCCUACGACCUCAGCGGGGAGCCCGUGCUCCUCUCCAAGGCUAUCGAACUGGGCGAUAUGCUCUAUGCUUCUUUCGACACGCCAAAUCGGAUGCCGCCUUUUUGGCUCGACUUUGAGGCCGCGAAGGCGGGAAACCUCGUGGCGGGCACUGCCGACCCUUCGGCAUCGCCCUGCUCCCUGUCACUCGAGUUUACGAGGCUAUCGCAACUUACCGGGGACCCCAAGUACUUCGACGCCAUCGAGAGAAUCAAGCGGUUUCUGGAGAAGACGCAGCGCGAAAGCCAGCUGCCGGGCAUGUGGCCAGCUCUCAUCAACUUCAGGGACCAGUCCGUCACACAACACAACGAGUUCACGCUGGGCGCCCUGGCCGACUCCCUGUACGAGUAUUUACCCAAAAUGUUCGCCUUGCUUGGGGGGACCGAUCCGGCGUACGAGAGAAUGUAUCGCCAAGCCAUGCGUGUCGUCGAGGAGCAUCUGCUUUUCCGCCCCAUGCUCCCCGAUGGCGAGGAUAUCCUCUUUUCUGGGUCUGCAGUUGUUGAAGGUAACGUAAGACGCAACCCAGAGAGUCAGCACUUGGCGUGCUUUACGGGCGGCAUGUUCGGGCUCGGCGGCAAGCUGUUCGGAAUCAAAGAGCACAUGAGCAUAGCCGAGAGGCUGGCGCGCGGCUGUGGCUGGGCCUAUAGCUCCUUUCCCACAGGUGUCAUGCCUGAGAUCUUCGGUAUGGUCACUUGUGAGACGCUGGACGGUUGCGAGUGGGACGAGGAUCGUUGGAAGCGCGAAGGCGCCUCCGAUCUGAGGAAGGGCUUUUCAAAUGCUCGUGACCCGCGUUACAUUCUCCGACCAGAGGCCAUUGAGAGUAUCUUCCUGAUGUACAGGAUGACCGGCAACCCCGAAUACCAAGAGAUAGCCUGGACCAUGUUCCAGUCGGUCGUCAAGGCCACCGAAACACAGCAUGCGAACUCGGCCAUUGAAGACGUAACGGUUAAAGGAGAGACAAGGAAGCUGGAUUCAAUGGAGAGCUUCUGGCUGGCUGAGACACUGAAAUACUUUUAUUUGAUCUUUUCACCUCCCAGCCUCAUCAGCCUGGACGAGUAUGUACUGAACACGGAAGCACACCCACUUAGACGGCAACUCCCUUGA